ACACACAUUAAAGCUCAACGAAUACUGAGGCGCGACAACCACCCUAACAGUGUUUGGUUUCUGCAGUGACCGUUAUUGCAUCAUCCAUCAUCCUUCCCUGUUGUAAAGUUCUAAACUUUUCACCUUCGCCACCAUGCAACUAUGUCAACUACUAUGAUGGGUAUGGCAACACGUGUUCCCUUUGUCUGCGCUGCCACCGCCCCUAAUCAAUGCCAUAAAUACUGCGAGCUGCCACCGUCACUUCCUCUACCGGUUUCUUCCUCCUCAUUAAGGCUUCGCGCUCACUCUCUUUCUUCUUCUUCUUCUUUGGGUUUCUUUUCUCUUGCGAAGAAGAGGAACGAAGAGGGUGUUAAUAGGGUGACGAGAGAGUUUCGUGUUGUGGCCAUGGCGGAAAGUGCCAAGAGUACGGUGCUUGUCACUGGAGCUGGUGGUCGCACAGGACAAAUAGUUUACAAAAAGUUGAAAGAGAGGCCAAACCAGUAUGUGGCAAGAGGUCUGGUUAGAACAGAAGAAAGCAAACAGAACAUUGGUGCAGCAGAUGACGUUUUUGUUGGGGAUAUAAGGGAUGUCGGAAGCAUUGUUCCUGCAAUUGAAAGUAUAGAUGCUCUCAUAAUCCUCACAAGUGCAGUGCCACUGAUCAAACCUGGGUUUGAUCCAACCAGGGGACAAAGACCAGAGUUCUAUUUUGAAGAUGGUGCAUAUCCUGAACAGGUUGACUGGAUCGGGCAGAAAAAUCAAAUAGAUGCUGCUAAGGAUGCUGGAGUGAAGCAUAUUGUGUUGGUAGGGUCUAUGGGUGGAACAGACCUUAACAAUCCUUUGAAUAGCUUGGGUAAUGGAAAUAUAUUGGUUUGGAAAAGGAAGGCAGAGCAGUAUCUGGCAGAUUCUGGCAUCCCAUAUACAAUUAUAAGGGCUGGUGGCUUGCAAGACAAAGAUGGAGGGCUUAGGGAACUGCUUGUAGGGAAGGAUGAUGAGCUUCUCAAGACAGAAACCAGAACCAUAAGUAGAGCUGAUGUUGCUGAAGUCUGCAUUCAGGCACUAAAUUAUGAGGAGGCCAAAUUCAAGGCAUUUGACUUGUCAUCAAAACCUGAGGGAGCUGGUUCACCAACAAAGGACUUUAAGGCUUUAUUUUCCCAGAUCAGUACUCGGUUUUAGUUUUGAAUGUUGUUGUCAUGGUCCAUAGAUCCUUCUUGUCUGCAUAUGGGAUUGAACCAAAGCAUACUUACUUUAUUUCUUGGCAAUUUAUUAAAGAAUUGUUUUAAUGCAAAUUAUAGACUUCGCUGCUA